AUGUCGUCCCCCGCGCCUCUGCUGCGACCACCCAUCCCCGGCGCGCGCCCAGGGAGGAGGGGACCGCCACAGCUUGGUCUAUCGAUACCACCAUCGCCGAACGCACGACCUGUCACCAACGGUGCAGGUAACGGCAUACCGACCCUGAACGCGCCUCAGCCCCGUCAUGGCCCGAAGCUAAGCGUCGUUACUCCCAUGGGUUCCAGCAAUGCACCACAGGAAGGACGAAACGCACGAGCUCCCCCGCCGCUUAUAAUGCCACACCAAGGACUGUCAGCAUCAGGCUCGAGCGACACGAGCGCACACUCAAGAUCGGGUAGCUUUGGCGAAGUGCAAGCAAAUGGUUCUGCUUCAUCAUACCAUGCGGCACUGGGAUUCAUGGGGGUUCAAAAGGCCACAGAUCCCAUUUCGGCAAUAUCCCAAGGAGGAAGCGAGGGCGCGCCUUCCAUGGAGCGUGCAAACAGCAGUCAGCCUCUACCAGAUCUAGAUACUAUGGCUCUAGAGAAGGGUCGGCCAUUGGAGGUGGAUGAUCUAGAUGACGCAGCCUGGAGAGCGGCGAGCGCACGAGGAAUGAUUGAGGAGAAAGGAAGUCUAGGAGAGGGCGCUGGUGGUGCUGUCACAAAAUGCAUACUCAAGGGCGGAAAAACUACGUUUGCAUUAAAGAUCAUCACAACGAACCCCGAUCCCGAUGUCAAGAAGCAAAUCGUACGCGAAUUGUCUUUCAACAAGAACUGCGCCAGUGACCACAUCUGCCGCUACUACGGUGCCUUCAUGGAUGACAGCACAGGGACCAUCAGCAUCGCUAUGGAAUUCUGCGAAGGCGGAUCGCUCGAUGCAGUAUACCGCGAGGUCAAGAAGCUUGGAGGCCGAACAGGCGAAAAGGUCCUUGGCAAGGUGGCCGAGGGUGUGCUGAAUGGACUGACCUACCUCCACUCUCAUCGCAUCAUACACCGGGACAUCAAGCCGAGCAACAUCCUAUUAUGCCGAAAUGGCCAGGUCAAGCUCUGCGAUUUUGGUGUAUCCGGAGAGUUCGGAACCAAGGGAGACGCCAACACUUUCAUUGGAACGUCAUACUACAUGGCACCCGAGCGCAUCACUGGCCAAAGCUAUACGAUCACCAGUGAUGUAUGGAGUCUAGGUGUUACUCUACUCGAAGUCGCGCAGCAUCGCUUCCCGUUCCCUGCCGAUGGAACCGAGAUGAACCCCCGCGCUGGUCUUAUUGAUUUACUCACCUACAUUGUUCGGCAACCCAUUCCCAAGCUCAAAGAUGAGCCCGAAAGUGGCAUCAAGUGGUCAGAGAACUUCAAGUACUUCAUCGAGUGCUGUCUCGAGAAGGACUGUCCUCGCAGAGCCACCCCCUGGCGAAUGCUUGAACACCCGUGGAUGGUCGAAAUGAAAUCGAAAAAGGUCAACAUGGCACACUUCCUCAAAAAAGUGUGGGACUGGCAGGAUUAA